AUGGUUAGGCUUAAUAGGAAUUGUUAUGGUUUUAAGGUGGAUGUUGAAGUUGUUAAUUAUGUGGUAUUUGGCGGCAACUUAUUCUUUCAAACUAUUUGGCCAUUUUUCAUUAUUUUAUAUGGAUGUUCAUUAUUAAAAUAUGCAUGUGUUAUGGUUACUGCAACUAGAAGUGUCUACACGGCGCAAGAGAUUAGUGGGAAUGUGUCGAAGGAGGAGAGUAGAAUUUUUGGGAGCAGCGAAUCUUCGAGAAUUUUUAAGGAGAAGAGAAGAUUCUUGGUUGUUGUUGCUUCAGGUGGAGUGAAUCAACAGAGAGUUCAGAUUGUUGACGCGGUUGUCAUUGCUAGAACUCUUAAAGCUACCAUGGUUUUGCCUGUUUUGCAGGUUAAUCUCAUAUGGAAAGAUGAUAGGUUAAUCUCAUAUGUUGUACUUGCUAGUUUUGUAGGUGGAAUUCAUACCGAUGACCUAAUAAAACGCCCUAGGAGGGCGUUUUCUGUCAGCGGAAACACCCUAGCAGGGCAUUUUCAGUAUGUUGAAAACACCCAUGGAAGGCGUUUUCAAGAGACUGAAAACACCCAUGGAAGGCGUUUUCAAGAGACUGAAAACGCCUUCCUAGGGCGUUUCUGUUGCAGAUAUACAACGAAUUCGAAGCGUCGUCCAUUAUCAGAUUCGAAUGAGGCGGAGAGAAUGUUUUUUUUUUUUUUAAAGCUUAGUUUAUUCUACUAUCCAAAAUUACAAGGGAAAGAUAGAAAUUAUACUUGCUGCUUCAUCCCUCUCCCAGCGACGACGAGGUGCGAAACUUACUUACUAUUUUUUUCAGCAGAUGGUCGCCAUUACGUCUGCAACCCAACUACCAAGCAGUGCAUUGCUGUUCCUUAUGUCCAACGCAAAUAUAAAUCUUAUGUUGCUUCGCUUGUUUUUGAAAAUUUCAUGUCGCCACAAUACAAAAUUAUCCGGUUUCCUGAUAUAAAGUUCGGUUGUAGCUUUGUAAAGCUUGAUGUAUUCUCUUCAGCUACUGGAAACUGGGUGAAGCAAAAGUUACGCAUUGAACAAUCGGUUUUUAGUUCUGUUAAGUUUAUUGAGCGCACUCUUUAUUUGAAUGGGAAGCUAUACAGGCAAUCUAUGUCGAAGUAUCUCCUUUGUUUUGACUUGGACAAUCUUAUUGCUAAGGCAAUUCUGCUACCUGUUGCUAAUUCUAUAGACAAGUUUGGCUUUAUUGGCCUUUCCAAAGGGCUAUUAUAUUAUGCCAAUCAUGAUUCUUCCAAAUCUAAGUUUUGUUUUUGGAUUCUUGAGGACUGUUUUUGGAGAUUGAAGCAUUGCAUUUUAAUUAGUCAUUUGAUGUCUUUAAGUCCCCAAGUUAGAGAACUGUGCAAGGAUCGCAUCUCUACAAAUUUUAUGGCCUAUGCUAUUCAUCCAAGUGCUGAUAUUGUAUUUCUUGGAUUCCCUACUAUGCUCCUCAGUUAUAAUCUUCAAGAUGGAAAAUUGGAAGUCAUCUUUAAAAUGGUCAAAGGCAGAUUAAUAUGCGGAGGCAAAUAUUCGGUCUUCCUUUACUCUCCCAGCUUUAUUGUUCUCAACGACUUCACCAAUCACGCUCCUCGAUCUUCAUUGAUUUAGGUUUUAUCACUUGCUAUGAAGCUGAAGACGCACUGCCAAGAGGAAUUUGAGAUGAAACGGAGUAUUUAGCAGUUUAGAUGCUUGCAGAUUUAUGACUGAUAAUGAAGGUGAUAACUGCAGCAGUAAGAGCUCUGAUAUGAUAUCCAUACUUGUAUGAUAAGGCAUCCAUCUAUUUUCAAAAACAAAACUAUAAAAGAAGGUUCUCUACAUCUAAGAAAGAGUUUGCACUUUUGAUUUGUUAGUUUCGGUUUCUUUUCCCGCGCAAAGUACUAGUAUAGCAGCAAACUGAAUGACUGUGCGAGGCCAUAACUAACUCUUCUUACGUGGCUUGUUUUGAUUAGUCCUCUGUAUGUGUUUAUAAUGUGCUCUACUUCUGAUGAAUGAUCUUACAUUUGUUUUAAGAGAAAUCGUAAACUUCAAUAGAAUUGCGUGGAAUCUGUUUUCAUGAACUUCUUAAA